GAUUCAUAGACUAUAAAUUUUAAUCUUUUACUCUUCUUCAUUACAACACGACAAAAACCCACUCAAAUUCCUUUUCAAAAAGUACCAGUUUUAAUGAUAAAACAACCCGCCGGAGCUCCGGGUACUACUACCGUUGAGUGCCGAUGGUGCUGCCGGAUCCCUGAAACGAAGGAGAUGUAAACACUUUGUCGUUUUCUGAAUCUAUAACCAGAUAUAUAUACUCCCUCUUUCUCUCUCUCACACACACAAACACACUUAUAUUUAUAUAUCUAGAGAGAAGGAGAGUUGAAGGGAGGGAGAGAGAGAGAGAGAGAGAGCCAAGUUUCAGGAAAGGAGGCAUGCCCGGAUUCUCCCCAACAAAGGGUAAUCUUCGAUAUAACCUUGAUUUGAUACAAGGCUACUCAUAUUAGAAGCCAUUGGUAGUAUUGAAAGCAUGCAGGAACUGCUCAAGAAGAAUUGUGAUCUGGGUGUGGUUGGGUACCCGUCUCAGUGGGCGGGUACCGAGUCAUUUGUUGAACAGUCGACUUUGUCUAAUAACUUAAGUUUGAAAAUGGGAUCUUCAACGUCACGUCAGCAAAACACAAAGCAAUUAGGGCUUCAAAUUCAGUUUCAAGAUCAAGAUUCUUCAUCAACUCAAUCGACUUGUCAAUCUUACCCUGAAGUUGCUAGUGCUGGAGAAAAUUACCAGUAUGGAGAAAACAAGUUCUCAAUUCAGUCAGGGUAUAAUGGAACUCAUGUGACACGUGAAGAAGGUAGUGUUGGGUCAGCUUUGCCAACAGGUGUUCAGGAUUAUACUUUUUCUAUUCAAGCUGAUCGCAGGCAGCCAUACGCUUGUAUUCCACUUCUAUACCCUGAUCCAUACUAUCGUGGAUUGCUUACACCUUAUGGCACACAAGCUAUGAUGCCUCAAGGAAUGAGCAUGACAACUACGCGCGUGCCACUACCUAUUGAUUUUGCACACGAUGAACCCAUAUACGUCAACGCAAAACAAUACAAUGCGAUUCUUCGUAGGAGACAAUAUCGGGCCAAACUUGAGGCCCAAAACAAGCUUUUAAAACCACGCAAGCCGUAUCUCCAUGAAUCCAGACAUGUUCAUGCACUCAAGCGGGCCCGAGGACCCGGUGGUCGGUUUUUAAACAUGAAAAAGAUACAAGAAGACCAACCGGAUGGCCCGAUCAGUGGACAAGAUGAUUUGGGAUCUGGUGGUGGUGGCGGCGGCGGUGGGUGUGGUUGCUCGGAGAUUACAAGUGUGUCCAAUGUUCCUAGGUUUUCGUUGGCAACACACGACAAGGGAAUCAAGUUCUUAAUCAAGUUUUUGAAUACUCUUAAACAUGACUGA